AAGCUCGCUCUCUCUCUCUCUUUCGGUGCUCGCAGUGUGCAGAGAAUUAUCCAAGCUCCGAGAGAGAACCAUGGCUUCCAUGUACGGAGCAUCAGCCCUCCUCUCCGCAGGCUCCACCUCCCUCCCUCCCAAACCCCAAACCCUCGCUCCCAUAUCCUGCUCCGCCGCGACCGCCGCCCCCCGCGCCGCUCUGAGCUCCAGGAUCGUUUCGGUGUCGCGGAGCAUGGAGAUGGCGAUGCCGCCGCCUUACGGUGCCACCGCCUCAGGAUUGUCCAGUAGAAGUUAUGGAGUGCCUCGCAAGCUGGACACAAAGGAUUUAUAUGAUUCCAAUUUGAGUCAUGGUGCAGUAGAAGCCAAAAAGGGUAACCCUCCUGUAAUGCCUGCAGUAAUGACUCCUGGAGGAGCACUGGACCUCUCAUCUGUGUUAUUUAGAAACCGCAUAAUUUUCGUUGGGCAGCCAGUCAACUCAAUGGUGGCUCAGCGGGUUAUAUCACAGCUUGUGACUCUCGCAACCAUUGAUGAGGAUGCCGAUAUACUGAUGUAUCUUAAUUGCCCCGGUGGAAGCACAUACUCAGUGUUGGCAAUUUAUGAUUGUAUGUCUUGGAUAAAGCCAAAGGUCGGUACAGUUUGUUUUGGAGUGGCAGCAAGCCAAGGAGCACUUCUUCUUGCUGGUGGAGAAAAGGGAAUGCGUUAUUCGAUGCCAAAUGCACGGAUCAUGAUACAUCAGCCUCAAAGUGGAUGUGGGGGCCAUGUUGAGGAUGUUAGGCGCCAAGUGAAUGAAGCAGUUCAAGCUCGCCAUAAAAUUGACAAAAUGUAUGCUGCUUUUACUGGUCAAUCCAUUGAGAAAGUGCAGCAGUACACAGAGAGGGAUCGUUUCUUAUCUGUUUCUGAGGCCAUGGAAUUUGGACUCAUUGAUGGGGUUCUGGAGACAGAAUACUAGUCUCAGAGUGAGGCCUAGCCAUUCUUUUCGGAUUCAGAAGAUUAUCCAAGUUUUUGUUACGAAAUUGCAGUUUAGUGGGAGUGAACCAGGAGGAAUUGACUGCUGCCUCUAGAAGUAAAUUGUAGAUUAUUUUGGGAUAUGUUUGUUAGUUAUGCUGUCGUAUUUUGGUCCCACAAAGCAUAAGACGAGAGGCUCACCACCUCCGUAUCCUUUUGUGUUCUUUUCCUCCGUCCACUAUUCAUUCCGCCAUGGGGAUGCUUCUUGAUAGCUACAGUCCAAUAUCAAUUCAUUCUUGAUAAUUUUUACGUGAAGUUUUGUGAAAUAUAGAGGAUUCUAUUUGGAAUGCCUUGGAGA